AUUCGUUCAUUUCUCACUCAUUUCAUUCCAUCGUCAACAACGACCCGAUACUAGUGCUAUAGCUCCUCAAUUGAUAGAGAAUCAACACAUCUCACAAAAUGUCUAUCACUAAGAUCUUUGCUCGUCAAAUCUUUGACUCCCGAGGCAACCCUACCGUAGAGGUCGACCUCCACACCGCCAAGGGCCUCUUCCGUGCCGAGGUUCCCUCCGGUGCCUCGACUGGUAUCUACGAGGCGCAUGAGCUCCGAGACAAAGGCUCGGACUUCAUGGGCAAGGGUGUCCUCAAGGCCGUCGCGGCUGUCAACGACACCAUCGCGCCUAAAUUGAUCGAGUCUCAAAUCCCCGUCACCUCCCAAAAGGAGAUCGACGACUUCCUCAUCAAGCUCGACGGAACCGACAACAAGACCAAACUCGGAGCCAAUGCCAUUCUUGGAGUCUCCAUGGCUGUCUCCCAAGCUGGAGCCGCUGAGAAGGGUCAACCCCUCUACGCUUACCUCGCUGCGCUCGCCGGUGUCUCUGAGCCCCUCGUCAUGCCUUGCCCCGCAUUCAACGUCAUCAACGGAGGUGAACAUGCCGGAAACGCUCUUGCUUUCCAGGAAUUCAUGCUCUUGCCUACCGGCGCUUCGUCCUUUGCCGAGGCUAUGAAGAUGGGAACUGAAACUUACCACACCCUGAAGAAGAUCAUCACCAAGAAAUAUGGCAAGGAUGCUACCAACGUCGGAGACGAGGGUGGAUUCGCUCCCAACGUCGCUGGCGCCGAGGACUCUCUUGAGCUCCUUACCGAAGCCAUCAAGGAUGCCGGAUACACUGGCAAGAUCCAGAUCGGUAUCGAUGCCGCUGCUUCCGAGUUCUACAAGGACGGAAAAUACGACUUGGACUUCAAGAACCCCAACUCGGACAAGUCCAAGACGCUCACCGGAGUCGAGCUGGCCGACUUGUUCCACAAGUUUUGUGAAAAGUACGACAUUUGCUCGAUUGAAGACCCCUUUGACCAGGAUGACUGGGAGGCUUGGUCUGCUUUGACCAAGGACACCAAGAUCCAGAUUGUCGGAGAUGACUUGACCGUCACCAACUCGUUGAGAAUCAAAACUGCUAUUGAGAAGAAGGCUUGCAACGGAUUGCUCCUCAAGAUUAACCAGAUUGGAACGAUCACCGAGUCCAUCCAAGCCGUCCAGCUCGCUCAAUCCGCCGGAUGGGGUAUCAUGACUUCUCACCGAUCUGGAGAGACCGAGUCGACUUACAUCGCCGAUCUUGCCGUUGCCCUCAGGACUGGUGAGAUCAAGACUGGUGCUCCCUGCCGAUCUGAGCGAGUUGCCAAGUACAACCAGCUCCUCCGAAUUGAGGAAGAACUCGGAGACAAGUGCAUCUACGCAGGAGGCAAGGGAUUGUCCCGAGGAGUCAAGGCUCCCGAGCUCCACGAGGCUUAGAGUCUGUGACCCGUAUACCGUACAUCUGUUCAGCUAUAGAGAACACAAAAAGAGAGACCUGCCUGUCCACCACCGAGAGGGACCCGCUCAAAUUGCGAUUGUUGCAUGCAUCACGGGAAUGGUCAUUGAAA